UGGGGGAGGAGACAGUGCGCAUGCGGAACUACUGUCGGAGGGAAAUUUGAACAGUCCGGACCGCCUGAUGUGACAGGAAGCUUGUGGCCAGCUGAGCAGCCCGGUCGCUCGUAGAAACCAGUCAGCUAUAAACACGAGCAGUCGGAUAACAUUAACACAUAAACACACGAUUCAUUUCUAAACCAUCACCGACCUCAAUGCCUCAACAUGGAGCCUCAUCACGACCAGACUUUCGACUCACCCUCAAAAAACAGCUACAUUGGCAGCUAUUACCAGCCUCCAAACAGGAUACUGUCAAUAGCAAGACAGCUUGAGUUCCCUGUCCACUCAUCCAUCAGCAUGGACCCACAGAUGACCAGCCCUCGGGUGUCCCAGACCAAACCUAAUAUUGACAGCACAGCUGUUGUUGAUGCACUGAAGACCCUCCAGGAGAAAAUCAGGCGGUUGGAGCUGGAAAGGAAGCAAGCAGAGAAGACCUAUAGUCAAUUCUCCCAUGAUGCUCAGAGGCAUCAAGAGGUCACAGACUCUUACAAGGUGCCCAGUCAACCAGCAGCUGGCCUGCCUACAACAGAUAACCCUGGCAAGAAAGAGUUGGACUCGAAGCUGCAGUCUGCAGAGGCUCGGUGUAAAGUCCUUGAGAAGCAGCUAUACUACAUGAGGAAGAUGGUUGAAAAUGCUAAGAAGGAGAGGAAUGUCCUCGUGGAGAAUCAGGCUUCACUGCAAAUCCAGCAGCCGUGCAGCUCAAACUCCCAAACUCAGCGGGAUAAGCUGGAGAAACUAGAAUCAGAGUGUCUCAAAUUGAGUCGGACACAAACUCUGGCAGAGAAAAAGCUUUCCAUUCUGGAACAAAAACUACUGAAAGAAGAGCAUGAGCGUAAACUUGUGCAGGAAAAAGCUGACAAGCUCCAGAAGGAGUUGGACAUCAACUUUCGAUUGUCUGUGCCAACUGCUGAAGAAAUAAAGCCAAAGAAGAAAUCAAAAAAGACCACCAAGAAAACCUCCAGACAGACUGAACUUCCAUCAUCAAGGGGCCCAAGGCACAAAACAAUGCCAUUUGUUGCAGGAACAUCGACAAGCCCGAGCCAUUCAGUCCACGCCAACGUACAAAGUAUACUUCACAUGAUGAAGCACCAUCAGCCCCAACUGUGUGAAUGGGUGAGCACAUUGCAAAGGACUGGUUGUGGAGCCAAGAAAAGCCUCCAAAGGGACUUUGCUCCAUCUUCCACAACUUUUCACGAGCCUGACAGGGAUUCUUCCGUACGAGCAGAUCAGCCACUGGGCUCACUUUCUGACCUGCUCUUGGCUCUGCAGGACGAGCUAGGACAAAUGAGCUUUGAGCAUCAAGAGUUGGUGCAUCAGAUAGAUGCAACCCAACAUUGUGAGCAGAGGCAGGAUCUGCAGAGAGAACUGGAGAGGUUGGUCGCCAAGAUGGAGGAGAAGGGAGCUCAGAUCACGAAGCUCCGCAAACACCAGCAGACGGUCCAUCAAUUGACUCAGAGCCAGCCAUGUGCUGAGGAAUACACAGCCAAGAAGUUGAGGGGGAUCAAACCACCGGUUCCCUCUCCUGUUAAGGCUAUGAAUAAGGGAAAGAAAGGUGGAACCACUCACAACAACCUGCAGCUUCUUAGAGAUACACAGAAGUUCAGAAACAGCCUAAAACAAGACGACCUCUCCUGGGAGACAUGAGGUUCUCUGAAAGACCUUUCUGUUCAGGCUUUGAUACUACAGCUGGUCGAACCACAAGACUCCCCUUGGUUCCCAGCAGCCGGUUUUUCCCACUCUUCAAAUGGCCUCUGGGAUGUUUUUAGUAGUGAAAAGAGGGAAUACACAAAGGGGUUGUUAAUGUGUUACUCAUAAAACCUUUUAAGCAAUGGGUGUUGGACUUAAAUGAAAUCUUUCACAUACAGGGUCCUUUAUAGUUAGAGGGUGAAAAGUUUAUGAAUCAUGACCUCACCCUGUCUCAUCUCAAAUGUAGCUGGAGUAAUCUAUUUUUAAUAUUUUCACAUUUUAA